AUGCGAGGGGAUGACCGCCGGGUCUUACUUUGGCAUAUGGAAGAAGCCAUCCACUCAAGAGUCAAACCAGUUCAGCUGAAAGGGGAGCAUCACUCUAAUAUCUUCUGUCUGGCUUUCAACAGUGGCAAUACGAAAGUGUUCUCUGGAGGCAAUGAUGAGCAAGUUAUACUCCAUGAUGUUGAAAGCACUGAGACCUUGGAUGUGUUUGCCCAUGAAGAUGCAGUGUACGGCCUUUCAGUGAGCCCAGUAAAUGACAACAUCUUUGCCAGUUCAUCAGAUGAUGGCCGGGUUCUUAUUUGGGACAUCCGAGAGUCUUCCCAUGGAGAGCCCUUCUGCUUGGCACACUACCCAUCAGCCUUUCACAGUGUGAUGUUUAAUCCAGUAGAACCCAGAUUACUGGCUACUGCCAACUCUAAGGAAGGUGUGGGUCUCUGGGAUAUUCGUAAACCUCAGAG